CAAAAGACUACCACAGUAUAACCAUGCAGUCUCUCAGCGUAAUUUGUAGCGUCGCCAUUUGUAUCGUAGCUCUCGCCACCACCGGUGGCCAAGCGUAUCCUCAAGGAUCGCAACUGGCCGACGAGCAGGUUCGCUCGUAUGCCAAUACUCUAUUUGAUGAACUUCCGGAAGAGUCCUACCAAGCUGCCGGGGCAAACCUCCGACUGAAACGUGCCACCUGUGAUCUGCUGAGCGGAUUCGGUGUUCAGGACAGUGCCUGUGCCGCUCACUGUAUUGCCCGUGGCAACCGUGGAGGCUACUGCAGCUCGAAGAAGGUUUGCAUUUGCAGAAAGUAAACGCUCUUUUCCGGAUUUUCGUGACCAUUGUUUUGGAUUCCUUCU